ACACAUUUGGGGUGUGCGUGCUGCCCUUGCUCUUGACGGCCCAUCCACUCAGACGAACAAGCAACGCCAUCGAAAUGGGAGAGUCCAGCAGAUUCCAAAACAUUCGUGCCUACUGGGUCGCGUUCGUCGUGUACUGGGGAAUCAUCCUCUUCGGUUACGACACAGGUAUCGCGGGAGGUGUCGUGUCUGCCCACUACUUCCGCCAGCACUUCAACAUGCUCGACGCCAAGGGCCAGCCCAUCUUGUCCAAGACGAACGCAAUCUCGGCCAACGUCGUCAGUGUGCUGCAGGCGGGCGCGUUCUUCGGUGCUUUGGGAUCCGCACCCAUGUCCUCCUACCUCGGCCGCAAGCCCACGCUUGUCAUCUUCAGCGUUAUCUUCGCUAUCGGCGCGGCGCUCACCACCGCCGCCAAGUCCCCCUCGAACGGUCUCGCGAUGAUCUACGCAGGCCGAGUUAUCUCGGGUGUCGGUGUUGGUGCUAUCAGCGCUGUCGCCCCUGCGUUCGUUUCGGAAUGUGCGCCGAAGGAGUCUCGGGGUCGUAUCACCGGUAUCUUCCAGGUCACCGUGGCGAUCGGUGUCAUGAUCUCGUAUUUCAUCAACUAUGGUCUCUCACUGUCCCCGUCCCUCGCCAACUCCCCCAAAGUAUGGCAGAUCCCCUUCGGAUUCCAAUUGGCUCCGGCCGGGCUCAUGCUCCUAGGGCUGUUCACUGUUCGGGAAUCACCUCGGUACCUCGCGUCCCGCGGGAACUCGGAGCAAGCGUUGGCCAACCUGGCUUACCUCCGCAGCCUUCCGCCGACGGACGAGCGGGUUGUACACGAGCUUGCGGAGAUCGAGAGUGCCAUCGCUGAGGAGCAGGAAGCCCGACAAGGUUUGGGCUGGAAGGAGGCCUUCUUCGGGAAGGGGAACUUCAUCCGUUUCGUGAUUGCGUUCUUUAUCUUCUUCCUCCAGCAAUUCUCCGGCCAAAACUCCGUUGGAUACUAUGCUCCGCAGAUCUUUGCAAGCAUUGGCUACACGGGCUCCAAGAACUCGCUCCUCGCCAGUGGCAUCUACGGUGUCGUCAAGGUCACUGCGACCGCUAUCUUCGUAUUCACCAUGGUCGACUCGUUCGGUCGUAAGAUGUCGCUGUUCAUCUCUGCAAUGGGCAUGGGAAUCUUCUUCUUCAUCAUCGGCGCCUUACUCAAGACGUUCCCUCCGCACGCCUCGACUACUGGCGCCCCUGUGAACCCACCGCCGAGCAGCAAGGCCAUGGCUGCGAUGCUGUAUCUCUACGUCUGCUUCUACUCAAUGGGCUGGGGACCCCUUCCCUGGGUGUAUGCAUCCGAUAUCUUCCCGACUCGGACGCGGCACUAUGGCAUGGCAGUAGCCAGUGGAAGCCAGUGGCUGUGGAACUUCGUCGUGGCGCACUUCACACCAAACGCAGUCACUAAACUUGGAUUCAAGAUCUUCCUGAUGUUCGGGACGAUCAACAUCGGCGCCAUGGCUGUCUUUGCUUUGCUUAUCCCUGAGACCAAGGGCCGCUCGCUGGAAGACAUGGACAUCAUCUUCGGCGCCACCACACAGGAAGCCAGGACGGCCCAUAUCGCGGCCCGUGAGAAUGAACUGGACAGAGAGGUCACCAGUGUCCAUAAUGACGAGAAGGUUUAACCGAGUCCGAGUUUACCCUACACGCUUUGUUAUUUCCCUCACGACGUUGUAUGACUAUCUGCUUGUUCGACUGGGAACUUGUCUCAUGUAUAAUAGUAUCAUCAUCCAUCUC